ACACAAUGGUGACAUGACAGGGGGGGGAAAUAAGAAAAGAAAAAGAUGAAAAUACCAAAAAGAAAACUAUUCCUCCUCAUUAUUUUCGCUUAUGUGGCCUUUUCACUGUACGCGGCCUAUAGUGUCUUCUUCAGCAGUAAAGUAAUAUCCCGCGUUCACAGGGUGGUGCAGAAAGAGCCAGGAGCACCUUCCGGUGUCGUCAGAGAUGGCCGUGCAGCCGCCCCGUUCCUUGCAGCAGACUGGAAUCCGUGGGAGGAUGAACAGGUGGAGUACAACUCUGACCUGAACAAGAAGAGAGUCGCCUUCAAGCAGCACCUGGGCCGGAUCGAGAGGAGCAAAGCCCAGAGAUACAAGGUCCAGGUCUGGGGUAAAGCGGCCAUAGGACUUUACCUUUGGGAACACAUUUUAGAAGGACCCCUCAACCCCACUGACAAGAUAGCACAAUGGCGAGAGGGGGAGCUGCAGUCAGGAAAAAUCGAUUUCAGUUUCUACACAGGUCCUGCUGUGGUCCAGGGCCACGUCCCUGUGGAUAUGAACAGCCUGGUCCUGGUUCUGAACGGUCGCGAAGAGCAGAAGGUCUCGUACUCCACACGGUGGCUGGAGCACGUUCAGACUCUGGUUCAGUCCCGCACCGUCCUGCACGUGGCUGUGGUCCUGUUGGGAAACGAGCACUGCAACAACGCCUGGAUCGGCCCCUACCUGAAGAGAAACGGGGGCUUUGUGGACCUGCUGUUUGUGGUGUACGACAGCCCCUGGGUCAACGACAAGGAUGUCUUCCAGUGGCCUCUCGGUGUUGCUACAUACAGACAGUUUCCUCUGAUCAGGCCCAAUCCCCAGCUGAUUACCUCCAGCAGACCAUACCUCUGCAACUUCCUGGGAACUGUGUACAAAAAUUCCUCCAGAGAAACACUAAUGCAGGUGCUGAAGCAGCCGGGCCUGGAUAAGGAAUGCCUCACCACUGCCAGAGAGAAGUGGCUCCCUCAGGAGACAGCCGACAGUCUGAAACACUAUCAGACAGCUCUGGCCCAGAGUGAGCUCACCCUCUGCCCAGUUGGCAUCAACACAGAGUGCUACCGCAUCUACGAGGCCUGCUCUUAUGGCUCGGUGCCCGUGGUGGAAGACGUGCUGACUCCCGGCACCUGCGCCGCCGGGCCCGGCUCCCCGCUGCGUCUCCUCAAAGCCGCCGGAGCCCCCUUCAUCUUCAUCAGCGACUGGAAAGAACUGCCGGCCAUCUUGGAGAGGGAGCGAGCGCUGAGUCAGGAGCAGAGGGUGGACCGGAGGAGGAGGCUGCUGGAGUGGUACGGCAGCUUCCGUCAGCAGAUGAAAGAGCGGUUCACCGAGGUCAUCGAGGAGACCUUCUUCAAAAGCGCUUGACUGCUGCUUAAUUAACAAACCUUUUCAAUAUCAACAGGGAUAACAUUUAACACUGAAUUGAUUUCUAUAUUGUGGAAGAACGUGAUGUACUACUGGAAUAGUGAACCUGGUGAUGUUCGGUGUGAUUCUCGUGCAGGUUAUUAUUAAACGAUUAUGUUGUAAAGUUUUGGACUUGUCAGUUUCAGUCCUGUAAACGGACUCAAUGGUGUUACUCUAUAUUUAUUAUUUAAAUCUUUACGAUUGUGAAAUGUUCAGACAUUUGGAGAUUACGGAUAAGAUGCUGCCUUUUCUUUUUUAAGUAAUUACGUUAUAACUGUUUUAUAUCUCUGUUUAUACGUUCUUAAUAUUGUCUUUAAAGCAAAUACUAAACAUUUUGUGUAGAAUGAGACAGAUUGUGUUCUUAGAUCUUGUUUUGAAAAUGGUACAUGACUAUUUUGUAUUGUGAGCAGCUAGAAAACUGAUGUGGUGUAUGUGGCAUGUUCUGGUCCGAACAUAACAAAACAAUACUUGUUUUGGGUUUAUUUAUUUCAGUGAUGUGCUGCAUGGGUUUUGUUUUAUAUGGUGCAAUUAAAAUGAAAUGGAGUUUUGUCCCGAGGAGAAGUCAGUGGAGAGGCUUGUCCUGUGCUUUCAAUUCACCUGCAGAGGGCGCCGUGGACCGGUUGAUUUUCAGCAGUUACAGUUAUGA